AUGAGAGAGGAGAGAGAAAAGAGCGGCCGGGGGGGCGGGGAGUGGAGAGGUCUAGGGGAGCAGGGGAAGCGGGGGGCAGAGGGGAAAUGGAGCUCCGCGGGAGCCGCGGGCGCGUCUCAACGCGGGCCCGGGAGGUCCCGGCUCCCCUCCCAGCUCGGCUCCGGCCACGCCUCUCCGGCCCCCAGCCGCCAGCCGGCACUCCGCCCCCGGGCCGCUCGGGGGAAACACCCUCCCGCGGGGACUUUCGGAACCCGGUGUCUGCGCUGCCAGCACGUUCCCAGAACCCCGGCGGCCACCCCCACCCCGUCCCGUCCCCGCCGCCCGCCUCUCCCACCGGCCGGGCCGGGCCGGGACCGUGGCGUGCGGACGAGCCACUCCGCGGCUCCGCUGUCCCGAGCCUGGCAGCCGUGUGCCCGGGUCUCUCAGGGAGCCCUGACAGGGCCGGCCAUUCCCCCGCAGCUCGGACUGCCCGGACAGGCAAUCUCGGCACAAAGAGGGGACGGCCCAAGGUUCGGGCCGGGCACGCGAGACAGGAGACACCCCCUCCCCGAGUUUGAAGCCCCUCAGUCCACUCACAAGCCAGCGGGGCUCCCAGGGGAGGGGGUGCGGAGGAGCCUGGCGUCCGGAGGGAGGAGGAGAGAGGAAGAGGAGGAGAGUGGGACCGAGGGAGAUCCGGAGACAGGGCGGGGGGGAGGAGGGAAGGAGUGGAGGAGGAGGGAAAGGGGGAGUCGAGGAGGAGGGACGGAGACAGAGACUUGGGGGCCGAGCGGGGGGCGGCGACCGCUUUGUCUGCGGACAAUAGGGAGAGGGAAGGGGGCGCGGGGCGGGGCCCGAGGGGCGGGGCCUCGCUCCAGAGACCCCGCGUGGACUAGGCUCGCGACUCCCCUUUUCCCGCCGCAACCCCUGGCCCUCGAUUUCCGUCCCCACGGACCACACCCCGCUCCCUCUCGGUAGCCUUGGAGAACCCAGGUGUCCAGACCCUCGCCCCGAGCUCGCCGACCCAAGGCAGCCGCCCGUGACUCAGGUCCCUCGAGGGACUUGGAGAGGAAGCAGCAGCUGCUACAGCCGGGCCCGCCCUUCCCAUCUCCCGCCGCUCCUCCCCACGCAUUUGCCUCCCCCGGCCAGCCUUUGUUGCCGCGGGGUCCAGGGCGGCCACCAGGCUGUGGUGGGCCCGUGAGAGCGGGGCGGCAGGAAAGGUACUCAGAAGCCAACGGCUAUGGAAACUGGCUCCCCCGCCAGAGCCGCUGCCCCACUCUUCAGCCUCCACCUGUCUCCCAUGGGUCCCCUGGUCUGCAGCGAGGGAAACAGCGAUUUGGAGGAAGGGGGACUGGGCCACUCUGGGGAGAUGGGGGUGGGUCUGCUGGAGUGGCCACCGCCCAGCGGUCGCCAGAGGGCGCGGUGGCUGCCCAGACUCGAGUUUGGCAUGCCCGGGCUCUGCUUGCCUUUCUUCCCAAAGUCAGCCCUCUAGCUAGAGAGACAGACACUGAUAGACUGCAUAUCAUAUGUUGAAAAAACAGGCUGAAUUUUAUUUUUCUGCUGCGCGCGUUCCUCGGGAGAGCAGAGAGCUCUUAGUCACCCAAAAUGAAGAGCGGGAGGACCCUCUCAACCAGGUUAAAGAUGGCAAGGCUAGCCAGGGGGGCUGGAACUUGGAGCCUGGAAGGGCAGGCGUUACCAUCAAACCUGCAGACCCUGGUCCCACUCCUAGAAAGGGAAGCCAGAGGAGGAGAAGGGGAUCCCUGAGGUGCAGAAGGGAGUAACAGUGGGAGGGAAGUGGUCAGGCCCACCCUUCUUCCUUAUAAGGAGGUUCUUAAGAUUGGGGGAGCGGUCAAGCCCUAAACUGUGAGGAGAUAGAUAAGUUCCCCAUCCCCUCUUCCUGGCUGGUGAGAAGUAGAUCUUGGGAGUCCAGUGGUUGAAAUUCAGAAUUUAGGGCAUGGAGCUGGGCCCAACGAGUGGAGGCUCAAACAGGGGAAGGGACAGCCCCUUCGGUCCACAGAUUUGGGUGUCUGGUCUGAAGCAACCAGGGCCUGGAUGUUAAAGGAGAGGAAGUGCAGGGCUUGGAACCAGGUUAGCUCCUCACUCAGCCUCACCUUCCUGGGGCCGGGAGAGCAGGUGGAGUUUUCUCUGUAACUGGGCCCGGAGGUAGCGGAGGUCUUGCUGGUCAAGUCCAUGAGCCAGGCCCAGAUAGACGGUAAGGAGGAGAGCAAGGAGGAGGCGGUCAGUGCCCAGGGUGGGCACCACCCACAGCACCGUCAGCAGCUCCACACACACUGGGUGGCGCAAGUGGGAGAAGAGUCUCAGAGCCCGGGGAGACUUCAGGGCCAGAGGCUCACCCAGCCCCAGCACAUGGUAGUACACCUAGGAGGGAGAACAGCUUAGAAAUGGGAUCAAGCCCCUUUUGCAACUUAGCUACUACCUCUUUCCUCCCCUUCCAGGUAACUUCCCCUUCUGUAACUCAGGCCCAAGAACCACCCUUCUGAGACCUGGGCCCCUGACCCUCAUCUCUGGUUCAUGAACCUUCCCCAGUCCCAGGAGGCCCAUGUUUUCAGGCCGUCGACAGCUGAGGGGAGACUGUCUUAUAAAGAAAGGGCAGUAGGUGAGGGAGUUGAAAGAAGAGGAAGGUGGAAGAGCAUGGAAGAAGGAGGAGGGACAUCCUUAGAAAGGAAAAAGGCAUUCUAGAAGGAAUCAUAGGUCUCAGGUAGGAAUCUGGGAGCCUCACCUGUUUGAGGCCCAUGAGCUCGGCGUAGUCAAAGACGAGAAGGAUGCUGAAGAUGAGGAGCCAGGAUAUGACGUGGAGCACAAAGCAGAGCAGGGGCACCCAGGUGGCCCAUGGUUCAGCCCGAGCCUCCCACAACACGGGGCCUCUGGGUACAGGUUCCCAGUACCGCAUCACCAACUGGGGAAGGAUGAGGGGCUGGGGAUCUCAGCAGCCUACUCUUGAAAGACCUAGACCCAGAUGCUGCCCCCACCCCAGGCUGGCCUGCAGCUCUCCCCACCUCUACCAUGAGCAUCACAAACGGUCCCUAUGUAGGGGGUGCUAGGUGGGGUUCCAAGGAUGUAAGGAUGACCUGUAUCUACCCGAGGACUUGCAGAACGGAUGGGGGUGACCUGAUAAGUACCCUACGCCAAGCACUCACUAAGACAAAUGAAUGCUAACUAGCAAGCAUUCUCUUGAGACAUAGGGAAGUGGUUUUGAAGGAAGGGUAACACUGAAAGAGGUUACCAAGGGGAUCUGAAGCAGAACGACAUGGACAAAGUUGCAAAGGUGAGAAUGCACAUAUCUUCUUGGGGAAUGAGGAAUGGUACACCAUUCCUGAUAAGGAGACUAUGUGCUGUGGAGGAAUGGAAGCUGAGAUUAGAGUCCGGAACACCCUCAGUUCUCUUCCUAAACCCACAUUUUCAGAAGGCUAAGGUCCUUGCCCCUCCAAUCUAGGACAUCUUUCUCACAGGUAGCUUCCCUUGAGACUCAGCGGCCAAGGCCUCAUACCUGCAAGGCCAGGGCAGUGCAUGCGACAUACAGUGACCUCUGAAGGACCCCAAAAUAUCGAGACAUCCACGCCUUCACUGUCUCAGUUGCCAUGAGGCUAUGCUGCCCCACAAAUAGUAGGAGGAGACCCAGAUCCCAAGCCAGGGGAACAAGGAUGCUCUGGUCCUGCACGGCAGCCAGCCAUCCCUGGCGGGCAUCUAGGGGGAGUUGAAGAAAGGGACAAAAGAUCAAGAGUGUUGCGGGAAACACCCCCUAUCCUAAUCUCCUCUUGGGGUCCCAGGCCAUGUCCCCUUAAGGCUUUCAAGAGUCUUAAUGCUUCCUCUCCAGGCUCUGCCCACCUUGCUUUUCCAUUCCCUGCUGCUUCUCUUUUCCCCAGGCCUUCUCCAGAGUAGCCACAAAAGGCAUGGCUGGAGAGGCAACCGUCGGACUGACCCUCCUGUUCGGUAUUCAAAAUGCUCCCUCUUUUGAAUACUCUCCCCUCCGUAGUCCUCUUUCAAAGCACUUUCCUUUCCUCUGCUUAUCGCCCUUUUUCUCCCCACUCAGUCCUCACUCUCUCACCUCUCCAAACCGCUAAUCCCUGAGUUCCUAAUUUAGCCCUCCGGUCUGCCCUCAAGCUUCUCCGUCUUUCUCGGUUCUAGUUCCCUCUCCUGGACUUCCCCUGUCAUUUGUCUCCAAGCCCCGCCUUCCCUCCCUCCCGUCCGGCUCCACCUCCAGCCCCGGAGCUCAUCCUCGAUCCCUCCCGCUCACCCGGACCACCAGGCUCCGGGAUCCCUCCAAGCAGUGGCCGAAGAGAGGGUUCUUGUGGAAACCGAGAAUGAUGAGCCCCCUCUUCUGUAACUUUGGCCAGAAAACCUAGCCAGAGUCAGAGGUUGCAAAGCCUCAGUUAACACUUCAAUAAUAAACGGCGGGAGAACCGAAGAUUGUUGACUCAGGCUGAGAACCCAAAGCUCUGAAUCACCUAUUACAUCUUGUUAAAGAGUUAGUGACUAUUUUACCAUAAAGUAAUGUUUAUUCUGUUAUUCUCUCCACAUGCCAAGGACAGAAAACUUCUCUGUAACACAGAUUAUUUCUAAUAAUGCCAAAACCUGUCGAUUUGUAAUCAUGAGAGUAACAAUGUUAAAAUAUUUGUGAUAGAAAAUUUUAUUUGCUGUAAACUUUGUAGUUGGCUAAUUUUAUCCAAGCGUGUGUUGAUUGACUACCUAGGACUUCACUCUGCAAGCUUAUUAGUCUGACCCCACUUACUAGUGAGAAAUGCUAAGAUCAUUUGUCUGAACAUAUUUUUCCUUCAGACCCGAAAAAUACCUAGACUAAUAUAUCUGAAAGGCAAAGUAAAGGUAAGGUUUUCCUCCAUCAGAAUGAAAGAUCAUGUUGCUAAAGACCUAGUCACAGUAGCUAUGACCAUAGCAGGGAACUGAGACAUCAUUAAGUGAAAUCCCUUGGCUUAUAGACAGAAGAAAUACAAAGAAAAUUUACCAAGAUGAGAACUAAGUUGCUGCUAGUCCUGUGGGCUCAUGAAUGAGAAAAUUGCCAGGCAGCAUCCCACAGCCUUUACAUUCCUCCUCCCGGAGGCUCAGUACUCCUACCCUCCUUAGUCAAUGCUGUUGUAAACUGUUACCAGACAUCUUAUGUUUUCCCUCCAGAUGCACCCUCCAUCCCGCUUUCUGCUUCAAGAGGUUGUCCUGAAUGGACUAUAUCAAUGAAAAUCACAGCUUUUUUUGAGGAAGCCCUCUCUGCAAAACUGCUCCCUCCUCUCAACCUUUAGGACUUACAGGUGGUCACGAUAGAGCUGUGGGUUCUAGAGUACUGCAACGUUAUGAUUUCUCUACACUCUUGCAACUUCUUUGUAAAUUUCCUUUUAUUAAACUCUCUCCAAAUUA